AUGGGAAUGUCGGAGUUCUUCAUCAACAGGUUGAGAGACAGAAGACAUUCGGUGCCAAAAUGCUUCUAACAAUGAACGGGGAACUCUUGAGCACGACCAUGUCGACUUCGGGCUCCGCUCUUCCAGUCAGCUCCCUGACCUUAGAGCAAAAGGCCGCCUUCGUCCUGGUCUUCCUGCUCUUCAUCUUCUUGGGCCUUCUCAUCAUCCGAUGCUUCAGGAUCCUCCUGGACCCAUACCGCAGCAUGCCCUCUUCAACGUGGACAGACUACAUGGAGAAGGACACCUUUGAUUACCGCUGGGCCUGACUAUGGGAU